AUGGCGUACCAGGUCGGAGUGUCGUACAAGACGUGCAUGUUGACCUUUACCGGUAUCAUACUUCUUCUGUCUUCUGUCAACACAAUCACCCUUCCACCUAGACAGGAUGACGACGGAAAUAACAUUGAUGUAGACUGCUGUUUAAAGAUGAUUAAACGCAACAGAAUAACUAAGGAAGCUUCUACUGGUAUUAACAAGUUUGAUCAGAAUGACGUGAAUGAAUCUACUGUUAAUGAGCCGUUUGUUCCAACAGGUAACGUCAAAGCAAAUAAGGAGACAACCAGCGGGGAAGCCGGUGAAAUAAAUUACCAGGAAGCUUUGGAUAUGCACACUUCUUACCAACAUUUUACCAAUGUCAGCCGCAAGGAAACGUGUUUUGACGGAAGUGCCCCGUUGAUUCACGGAAUGGAAAACCCUGACAGUAAAGAAAAUGACGAAAGCACUAACAUCGGUUUAUUACAUGGCACGCUUCUGAUUCUGAAGAGACCCAUAUUUUGGAUGCUGUUGCUGUGGCUUACAUGCCAGGGCACCGUCAUUAUCACAUACGAUGGUUGUUUUUAUGCGAUCAUCAGUUACUAUGGAAACAAUGCCAAAAGCACAAUAAGUACGUAUACAGACGUGUACUCCUGGCUCCAAGUGGUAUCUCUGUUCUGGGCCUUGCUUACUGGUCUGAUGCUUGAUAAACUAUUAACCAGGGCGACCCAAAACGACAAAGAGCACUGCUUCGUGGUUCCAUUCUUCUUGACUGUUUUGGCAGGCGUCAUCGUAUCCAUAGCGUGUAUCAUCCCCAUUAUCGAGAUGCAGCUUGUGGCCGUUGUCUUUCAUUCUGUGUUGAAAACCGGUACUUUCGCCGUGCAUUUUGCAUUCGUGGUAUCUGCUUUUCCAAAGGAACAUUUUGGAAAAGCAUUUGGAAUUCAAGUUACCGUCAGUGGUUUGCUGACCUUUAUUGAAUUGCCAAUAUUUUCCUGGUACAAGCACAGCUUGGAAAGUGACCCACUUUGGGUAUGUAAAANUUGA